GCCAAGAUUUUAGUUAAUUGUUGCGGCCCAUAUAGAUUUUAUGGGGAACCAGUUAUUAAAGCAUGCAUUGCUACUCAUACUCAUCAAAUUGAUGUCAGUGGUGAACCUCAGUACAUAGAAGGCAUACAGUUGAAAUAUGAUAAAGAAGCCAGAGAAGCUGGUAUCUACAUUGUAAAUGCUUGUGGGUUUGACUCUAUCCCGUGCGAUCUUGGAGUAAUUUUUGCUCAAGGAAAGUUUGAUGGUGAAGUCAAUACUAUUGAAGCAUAUAUGACUUCGUGGGUAGCCACGGAAGUUGAUUCUGCCGUAAUACAUUACGGUACUUAUGAAUCAGCUAUUUACGGUGUUACCAGUUAUAACGAGCUACGUCGACUGCGCACAAAAUUAUAUCCUGAAAAAUUGCCCCCAUUUCAGCCACAAUUGGUGAGAAGAAACUUGAUUCAUAAGACUGAAUUAGGCUGGGCUACAGUAUUUCCAGGACCAGAUCAAUCAGUGGUAGAGCGUACUCAAAGAUUUUUUUAUGAUAAAUAUAAACAAAGACCAGUACAAAUUCAGACAUAUAUUACGUACAAAUCUUUGUUCACUGCGUUGGUAACGGUUAUAUUUGCUGGCGUCUUUGCUGUACUUUCACGAUUUCAAUGUGGCCGUAGUAUAUUACAGAAGUAUCCAGCAUUUUUCACUUAUGGAUAUGUAAGUCACGAAGGCCCAUCACGAAAAGUACAGGAAAAUACCCACUUUAAAUUUACAUUUAUAGCAAAAGGUUGGACCGAGAAAUUGUCCAUAUCUACUGAUAAUCAUAAGGAUCCACCAAAUAAGGUGUUGACCACUCAAGUUAGUGGCGUUGACCCGGCAUAUGAUGGCACAUGUACUAUGUUAAUACUUGCUGCGAUGAUGAUUCUCAAAGAAUCUGAUAAAAUACCAGAAAACGCCGGCGUUUUAACUCCUGGU